AUCAAGUAAAAUCUAGCAUGCAUCUGCAAACAAAAUACACUCAAUAUCUAGAGGAAGUGACUCCAUGCUUACAAUAUAAUCCUACGCUAAAGCUUUAAACCAUGGAUUGUAGUCCCUCGAUCAUCAAGGACUCUUCUGCUAUAACCCAAAAGACAUGGUGAGGAAGACCAACUACCAACUUUGUGGAACAUUGGAAGUCACCAAAGCUAUUGAAGCAAUGUUCCCUCCUCACGUCAAUGGUGUAAUUUACUAGGGGUUUAUUUUAAUGAAGGGAAUGCCGUUAGCUUUGCUCAUUCUGCUUUUAUACAUAAAAUUUGAAGUUUGCUUUCGUUGAGGCAUUUUUCUCUCUCAUUUUCCUUUUUAUUUUUUAUUUUUUUUGGUUUGCAUUUUCCAUUUCUGCUGUUUUAGUUUUUUGCCAAAAUCUUAGCUUGGAUAAGUUUGGUUCUGUAUUUGUGUUGGGUGACCUGUGCAGAAAGCAUCAAUUACUUUGGUGAGUUUUGGUUUUCUUACACCCAUUUUCACAUGGGUUAGUUUAGUUUAUAUCUAAUAAAGAAUCAAUUCAUAAUUCUAAAGUUUUUAAUUAGAUAGACUAAACUUGUAUUUUAGUCUUUUUUAUUAUUAAUUGAUUAAAUUCUGGACUUGACCUAAAACAAAUUGGUACAUUCGAAGUAUUUGUGGAGAAUUACGUAGUCUCAUAGAAAAGCCUGUGAGAUGAUCCAAUUUCUUGGGUUAGAAUAUCAAAUAAGAGUUAUAUUCAUUCUAAAAUAGCCAUUAGUCCAAUAAAGCCUACUUUCAAGUUUGAAACUAAGGUCCAAUGACCUCAAUCCUGCAGAUCAAGAAAUUGUAGUCUCCACCUGGUUGGUUGAAAUGAACUCACCAAAAAGUCAUGAAAAGAGGCCAAUUAUGCAGCUUUGAGGAACUUCGAUAAUUCUAAUAGCAGAGAGAGGAAUAGGAAGGGGAGAGAAUUUUGGGAAUAGAAAAUUCUAAUAAGAGGUGGUUUAUUGCUGAGGUAGUGAGGUCUCAAACUUAAGCUGACUUCAGUAAGGGAAGGUGUAACCGUAGUUAAAUUGCACAAUAGUAAUAAACAAAUAGAAAGAGCAAUAUUUAAUCAUUUGAGUUUAAUGCGCGUGUACCAUGACAAAUAGCUUGACAAAGGUAACUACUGGUGUAGUCCACCUUACCGGCUAAGACUUUUGUCAUUGCUUUUCUCAUCAAUAAUGCAGGUUCAUCAUUUAUCAUCUUCUGUGGACUCGUUCAUACAUUAUCUUAUAUUUUUUAAUCUGCAAUUAUUCUUUGUAUAGAGUGGAUAUUUGAUCUACAGGAGCUCAACCUCAGGCAAUAUUUGAUCACAGGGAGGAGCCAAAAAUUCAGAUGAAAUAAACGUUGGAGUAAGAAGAUAAGCUACAUGGCAGAGGGGGUAGUAUCCCCUCUUAUCGACAAGCUGAUUUCCUUGUUAAGCAGAGAAGCAACACUGCUACAGGACAUCCAUGAAGAAGUAGCUGACAUCAAAGAUGAACUGGAGAGCAUUCAGUCCUUUCUCAAGGAUGCAGAUGCAAGGGACGCAACAGAGGAGGACAUCAGCGAGGGUGUCAAAACUUGGGUGAAACAAGUAAGAGAAGUAGCUUUCCGCAUAGAUGUUUUCAUGGACGAGUACUUGCUUCACGUGGCUCAACAUCAUCAUCCUCAUCCGCAUCAUGGAUUCAGUAGUUUCCUUCAAAAAUCUGCUCGCUUGAUUACCAUGUUAAUACCUCACCAUGAAAUAGCCGUUAAAGUUCAGAAGAUCAAAGCGUUGCUCCAGAAAAUCAAGGAAAGAAGUGAAAAAUAUGGCUUCCAAUCCACUGGUCUAGGAUCAAGCAGUGGUGCUCGGAAUGUUAGGUGGCAUGACCCUCGAAAGGAUUCUCUUUAUCUUGAUGAUAGGGACGUUGUAGGAAUUGAAUCUCCUAGAGAUGAAUUGAUUGGCUGGUUGGUAGAAGGACCGUCUCAUCGUACAGUGGUUUCGGUGGUGGGAAUGGGGGGACUAGGCAAGACCACUCUUGUGAAGAAAGUCUAUGACCACCAAAUGGUGAGAAGAUACUUUGACUGUCAUGCUUGGAUCCCAGUGUCUCAAUCUUACAAUAUUGAGGAUCUACUUAGAAGCAUAAUAAAGCAAUUUCGCGAUUCCAGAAAGGAGCCUCCUCUAUUGGGAAUUGACGCAAUGGAAGAAGAGUCAUUGGUAAAUAAAUUGAGAGAGUACUUAUGGCAAAAGAGGUAUGUGGUUGUAUUUGAUGAUGUAUGGAAAAUUGACUUUUGGGAGGGUAUAAAACAUGCCUUACUUGAUAGUCAUAUGGGUGGUAGAAUUUUGAUCACAACACGUAAUAGGGAGGUUGCUAGUUUUUGUAAAAAAUCAUCACUUGUUCAUGUUUAUGAGUUGCAAGCACUACCUUUCAAUAAGGCAUGGGAGCUUUUCUGCAAGAGAGCUUUCCAAUUUGAUUUUGGAGGACUGUGUCCCCAAGCAUUGAAGAAUUUGUCUGUUGACAUUGUCAAGAAGUGUGAAGGAUUACCACUUGCAAUUGUUGCUAUUGGUGGCCUUUUGUCAACCAAAGACAAAACUGUCAUUGAAUGGCAAAACUUACAUGAUAGCCUUGGCUUUGAGUUUGGAAGAAAUCCCCAUCUUGCAAGUGUCAACAAGAUUCUAUCUCUAAGUUAUGAAGACUUGCCUUACAACCUUAAAUCUUGCUUUUUAUACCUUGGUAUGUACCCAGAGGACUACCCUAUUAAUAGUGCAAGAUUGAUUCGGCAAUGGAUAGCUGAAGGUUUUGUAAAAGAAACUGAGGGUAAAACACUAGAACAAGUUUCCCAAGAAUACUUGAUAGAAUUAAUCCACAGAAACUUGGUUCAAGUAUCUAAGGUUGACUCUGAUGGAAAAGUUAGACAGUGUCGACUCCAUGAUCUUUUGCGUGAGAUCAUCCUCCAAAAGAUGAAGGAUUUGAGUUUUUGUUAUAAUUUCUCAAAACACGAGUCUAGCUUUGAAGGACUAACUCGACGCAUGUCAGUAGACAAAGUUUCAUAUGCUGUACUUAAGGGAUUUGAGGACACUCACAUUCAUUCUCUUUUAUUGUUCAAUCUUGAUGAAUUGCCAAAGUUCUAUAUGAAUAAUUUUUGUGCUAAUUUCAAGCUUUUGAAAGUAUUGGAUUUUGAAGAUGCUCCACUGGACUGCAUUCCUGAAGAUGUGGGAAAUUUAUUUCACUUAAGAUAUUUAAGUUUGAGAAAUACCAAAGUAAAAAUGCUUCCAAAAUCCAUAGGAAAGUUGCAAAAUCUAGAGACUCUAGAUCUAAAGCAGUCACUAGUGUUUGAAAUACCAGUUGAGAUUAACAUGCUUCAUAAGUUGCGCCAUCUUAUAGCCUACCAUCGCAACAACCAAAUAUAUUUCAGUUUGGCUUGGGAAAAAGGGGUAAAGAUACAAAAAGGGGUUGGGUGUUUAAAGAACUUGCAAAAGUUAUGUGUUGUGGAGUUGAAUCAUGGAGGGGUUGAUCUAAUUGAAGAGUUGGGAAAGUUGAGACAAUUGAGGCAGCUUGGCAUAAAAAAUGUAUCAAAGGAAAUCAUGAUGGUUUUGUGUGCCUCUAUUGAAAAGAUGAACCACCUUCAAUCACUAUAUAUAGCCUCAAUAAGGGAAGAUGAGAUAAUUGAUUUACAAUUCAUUUCAUCUCCACCUCAAUGUCUCCAACGCCUCUACAUAAUAGGGCGUUUAGAGAAGUUACCAGAUUGGAUUCCAAAGCUUCAACAUCUAGCUAAAUUAACGAUUUGUUGGUCAAGGUUGAAUGAGGACCCAUUGGAAGUCAUUCAAAAUCUACCUAGCUUAUGGAAGCUCAUAAUCGCAUACCAAGCAUACAAUGGAGAGCAAUUGCACUUUAAGGUAGGAGGGUUUCCAAAACUAAAGGUGCUACAACUUGUCAGUUUAAAUGCAGUGCAUUCAUUGUUGAUAGAUGAAGAAGCAUUGCCUCUUCUUGAAGAUCUUCUCAUUGGGCUUAGUCCGCUACUAAAAGAGGUGCCUUUUGGAAUCCAACAUCUGAGAAACCUCAAAGUAUUGGGAAUUUUGGACUUGCCUAAAGAAUUAGAAGAAAGUUUGGAUCCUGAACAAGGGUCACAUUACUGGAUUGUUGAGCAUGUUCCAGCCAUUUAUCUCCACCACAAGGUGCGCACAGGAAUUUAUGGCUAUGACACCCACAUUCUCCGUUCCAAGCAUUUGAUGCUGUCGAGUGCAAACAACCAACUAGAAUGAUGAUCAUAACGAGAAUGACAGCAACAGUAUCAAUGUUUUAGUUGAGAAAGCACUUUCACUUUCAAGAAGAUGGCUCCAAAGGCCAUAUAGGAAAUCAGGAAGUUUGCCCAAAAGGCAAUGGGAACAACUGAUGUCAGAGUGGAUGUUAAUUGUUAAGCUUAACAAGCAUGUCUGGAGCCAUGGGAUUCAGAGUGUGCCAAGGAGAGUUCGUGUCCGCAUUGCGCGUAACAGAAAUGAAGAAGAUGAGGAGUUUUUCUACACUAGUCACUGUUGCAGAGAUCCCUCCAAAGGGCCUAAAGGGGUUGGGCACCAUUGUAUUUAUGUUACAGAGUUGUUAUUUCUACAAAAUUUGGGUUACUGUUGUUUCUUAAUACCUCAAGGAGCUUCCUAUAAAUUUCUCUUUAGAAUUUUAUUAAAUCAUCAUGCAAUAUCAAUUAAAUUAUUAUUUAGUUAACCUUAUUUCAUAUCUC